CUUUUGACGACAUGCGACCCCCCUCGUGACCUAUCCUAACAAACUGAACGAUUCCACGAAAUAGACACGGAGAUAGAAGUAACGUCUGUGACAUUGUCCUAGUUGUAGUUGGACAAACACUUCCUACCUCUGCUAAUCUAGCAAACCCUUAAAUGCUAUCGGCCACGACCUUCUUGUGCCGAGCAUCUGCCAGAUCAAUCAAGAACCCCGCCAUCGCAGCCGUCACCGUCACCGUCCUUCGACGACCCCUCCAGACCGGAGCUCGAUUCUCAACGUCCACCAGCACAAUGGCUCCCCCCGCUGCCGCUCUCGACUUUGUCGACUUUGUCAACGCAUCUCCUACUCCCUACCACGCCUGCGCGACCGCCGCCAUCCGCCUCGAAAAGGCCGGCUUCACAAAGAUCAAGGAGCGCGACUCGUGGAACUCGGCGCUGCGACCGGGAGGGAAAUACUACCUCACCCGCAAUGGCUCGUCCAUCGUCGCCUUCGCCAUCGGCAAGAAGUGGAAGCCCGGCAACCCCGUCGCCAUGAUUGGCGCCCACACCGACUCCCCGACCCUGCGCAUCAAGCCCGUCUCCAAGAAGAGCAACGUCGGCUUCAUGCAGGUCGGCGUCGAGACCUACGGCGGCGGCAUCUGGCACAGCUGGUUCGACCGCGACCUCAGCAUCGCGGGGCGCGUCCUCGUCAAGGACGCCGAGGGCAACUUUGUCCAGAAGCUCAUCAAGGUCGAUAAGCCGCUGCUGCGCAUCCCGACGCUCGCUAUCCACCUCGACCGGAGCUCUACCUUUGACCCGAACAAGGAGAACGAGCUGUUUCCCAUCGCCGGACUGGCCACGGCGGAGCUGAACAAGGGGAGCGCCAAGCCUGAGGGCGACGAGGCCGAGGAAGAUUUCAAGCCGCUCAAGGCCAUGACGGAGCGUCACCACCCUCACAUUCUCGACGUCAUUGCCUCUCACGCCGAGGUCGAGCCCGAGGCCGUCGUCGACUUUGAGCUCGUCCUCUACGACGUGCAAAAGUCCUGCCUCGGCGGCCUGAACGACGAGUUCAUCUUCUCGGCCCGCCUCGACAACCUCAACAUGACGUACUGCUCCAUCGAGGGCCUCAUCGCCUCAGUCCGCGCCGCCGACGUGCUCGAGAACGACUCCACCAUCCGCCUCGUGACCUGCUUCGACCACGAGGAAAUCGGCUCCACCUCGGCCCACGGCGCCAACUCGAACCUCCUCCCCGCGGUCCUGCGCCGCCUCGCCUCCCUCCCGGGCAGCCGGGACACGGCCUCGGACGGGUCUUACGUGGCCGUAUCCUCCCACGACGGCGGGGACUACGAGUCGACGGCCUACGAGCAGACGCUCUCGCGCUCCUUCCUCGUGUCGGCCGACAUGGCGCACUCGGUGCACCCCAACUACGCGGGCAAGUACGAGUCCUCGCACCAGCCGGCCAUGAACGGCGGCACGGUGAUCAAGGUCAACGCCAACCAGCGCUACGCGACCAACUCGCCCGGUAUCGUGCUGCUGCAGGAGUGCGCGCGCCUCGCGGGCGUUCCCCUGCAGCUGUUUGUCGUCCGCAACGACUCGCCGUGCGGGAGCACCAUCGGUCCCAUGCUCAGCGCCAAGCUCGGCGUGAGGACGCUGGAUCUGGGUAACCCGCAGUUGAGUAUGCACUCUAUCCGCGAGACGGGCGGUAGCGCGGACGUGGAGCACGCUAUUAAGCUGUUUGAGAGCUUUUAUGAGCGAUUUGGGGAGUUGGAAGAGAAGAUUCUCGUUGAUUAAGCAGUCCCCGUUUAGGGGGACGCCAACUGAGGUCAUUUUGGUCAUUAGCUUGGCUUUGACGAGGCGGGUGUAGUUGUAGUCGGUUUGUAGUUGUAGUAGCGAAUUGCCUCGGAGUUGUUUGGGUGAUUGGAAGGAAAUACAAAUGUUAAUUGAGUAAAGACGAUCCCAUCUCACCGGUGCUGGUAAUUGUGUUCGUCAAAGAGAUGUGAAAGUGAACGUGAUGAGUGAAGGAUGAGAGAUUUGGUUGAGAUUGGCGUGUUGCUUUUGGGAUGGGUGGUUGAGAUGAAAGGAGG